AUGUCGUCGUUCGCCUGCAACGCGUCGGCGUCGCCGCUCAAGGUGGCGAGCUCGGAGACGGUGUCGGCGGUGUUCAUCAGCGCCAAUCUGCUUCUCGUCGUCGCCAUCGUAGUGAUGAACCUGCUCGUCAUCAUAGCGAUUCUAAUCAGCAGGAAGCUACACACGUCCUUCCACGUCUACAUAAUGGGCCUGUGCUCGUCCGAUAUUGUCGUCGGCUCGCUGGCGCUGCCGAUGCACAUCUUCAUUAAUUAUUUCUGCCCCGUUGACCUGACGAUGUACUGCGCCGCGCAAAACAUCAUGCUGUACGUCGUCGACGUCGGCUUCGUGAUGACGUCAUACACGAUGGUCGCCAUCGCCGUCGAUCGCUACCGCGUCGUCGUCGUGCCGCUGCGUCAUUGCGACGGAAAGCGUUCGGCCGCCGUGCGAAUAGGCGCCAUCUUCGUGUGCGCGGUGACGUACGCGACCGCGAUGCUUGUCACCGACCUGGAGUGGCAGAAGCAUCCCGAAUACGACGUCUUAAUGGACAUCUGCAACGUGACGAGGUUCGAGAGCCGCUCCGAGCAGGCGUACGUCUUCUUUCUCAUCGACUUCAUCUCGUUCUACUGCGUGCCGCUGUGCGUCAGCGCGUGUCUGUACGCGCGCGUCAUCUUGCGGCUAUGGCGCGACACGCGGGAGAUGCACGCCGCACGCGACUCUCAGGUGACGGCGGGCGCGCUGCAGCGCAAGAAGCGAGCGAUGAAGAUAUCCGUCUGCAUCGUGAUCGUGUUCGCCGUGAUGUGGCUGCCGUAUCACUCGACGCACAUCUACUUCAAUAUCUACCCGCACGAGCUGACGCAGGACAUCUGGUGGCUGCUGCCCGCCUGCAACGUCUGCUACUACAGCAAUAGCUGGAUGAACAGCGUCAUCUACGUCUACUUCAGCGUGACCUUCCGUCGAGAGCUGACGACGCGGUGGCGAUCGUUCGUCGCGUGCGAAUCCGCGACGCAAGACGUCCGGAGAAACUCCGGCAGCGUCAGCGACGCGCAGACGUCGAGCGUCGCCAGUCAGACCGACGUCGUCAGCAUGGUCACCGAAGCGACAAGUCCCCAUUAUAAUCCGCUGUCUCGUCAGUCCAGCGUCGCCAGCAAUGGAAUCCUGGUGACUCAUAUGUGA